AGAAGAAGACCGCGCGUUGUUCAAAAUUAGUUUCCGGUGCACGUCAAUGCGUUGCUUGCCAACCGCCUUACAAAAAGAAGAAGAAAAAGAAGAUUAGUUUCCGGUUUUUGUUACUGUUUGUUAUUUUCCUCUGAGCUUUGGUCGGUAAAUAGAGCAUGGAGGGGUCUCGUGAAAGGACUCCUCACAGUGGUGUUGUAAAGAGGAGGAGCAAAAGUCAGAGCUACCGGCGGUCAAUCCGCACCUGCUUCGGCGUCGCAUCGGGGCUCAGCCUGACGCCGGCACUGACCGCACGAAGAAUGAACAUCUGCAGGAAAGCUCCAAGGUCUCAAAACAUUACUGAAAAAGUGAAGCCAGAGCACCUGGCGUUGCUGGUGAAAACGGAGUGGCAGCUGUCGUACGUCACUCCUCUCUACCAGUUCAGACACACCCAGCUGAAGACCUAUGCCCGGCAGCUCUCUGCGUUCAUUGCUGCAGAGAAGCAGCAGGGCCUGGCGGUGGAGGUGGGGGGGCUGCAGAACACCUUCAAAGUCUCAUUCUCCGUGCUGCAGGGACUGGCAGAGACGAACGAUGACCCUGAGACUGUCCUCAUCCAGGUACAGUCAAAGCCAAUGUUUGCAAGGCAGGAAGAUCCACCGAAGACUGUUUGGAGUGGGUGGUUGUCCUGCAUCAACGGUAACCCCGAAUACCUUCAGUCGCUUCCGAAGGAUUUUACCUGCCUACCUCUCUUUUGCAGCAAAGGGGCCGAGGGCCUGUCCUCUUUGGUUAAGUCUUGGUUACAGAGGACCUUUGACUGCUGCUUUGGCCCUCUGGACAUCAACCAAACCACUCUGCAGUGGCUUGCUGCCUUAUGGACCAACUGCCACAUGGAAACCAACAUCCAGAAGUUGAAAAUGAUUUGGACUCUCCCAGUCGUGCCACCGCUACAGGUGACUUACACGGUCGACUCUGACGACGCGCUGGAACUGUGGAGAAGCACGAGGGAGAGUUCGGCGGAGAAGAGUAGGGGGGCAGAGGAUGAAGUGUGUAUCGACUUCUCGGAGGUGACGAGGUUCAUGCAGGGACUCAUGAGCCACUUUUACAGACACUUCAGGGUGGACCUUUCAGCUGGGGAACUGAACCAAGUGUCCUCUGCACUGGGAUCAGCCAAACUCAACGGCAAGAUAAAGAUUUCCAGUAGCAGAUAUCUGAUCAGCAUCUUCAGCCUGCUCACCGAAUGUGCCCUCCUGAAAAUGCCCAUCUAGCUGUGACACUGAGCAGCUAUCGAAAAAAAAAAACAGACUAUAGUUGUUUUUUUUUGUUGUUUUUUUUUAGUUUCUGCUUUAAUACAAAUGUAAGUGAACCCAGACAUUCUUAUUUUUUUGGACUCACACCAUCAGUGAAAUUCAGUUUGCUCACAAUUAUGACGAGUGAUGCUGAACCUUAACGGUAUUUCAGAUAAACACCUCCCACAGUUUCGCACCUUUUUGUAAAUACAGUGAAUAUUCUACUUUAUUUGUGACUUAAUAUGAAUAAAAGCAAAAAUGAUUUUGUUUCAUUUUAUACAGAAUGUGAAAUGUACAGACUUGACUUGUUUAGAAAAAUAAGUGUAGGAAAAAGUCGACAUUUUCAAACUUUAUUUCUUGUGUUCAGGUUUAAAUCAGUUUUUUCAUUUUUUGUCAUCACUUCAUCUUGUCCGUCCAUCCUCCCAUUUGUUUCUCCGUCUGUUGUGUGUCCAUAUGUUCUAAAAUAACACUCAAAUCAUUUUACCAUGUUAAAAUAGCUUACAAACCUUAAAUGAAACGCAUUUAUGCUGAGUUCAACUUCUGACUAGAACUGAACUCUCUCUGAAGAGGAGCCAUGUAUUUGAUAUUUCAAUGUAUUUUCUAUAGAUCAUAAUAGUUGUGUGAUAAUGAA